AUGGUGUGGCGUGAUGAAAAGAAGGAAGCAACAAUGUCCAUGGAUCCCCGCGCGAGGCACGCACGAGCCCUAAUAUCCAACAACACAGACCGCGCAGUGUGGAACAACCUCAUAACCCACUACUCCAAAUCCAACCUCUCAUCCUACGCCCAUUCCCUCUUCCACCGACUCCCUAAUCCUCCCAACGUCGUCUCAUGGACCGCUCUCAUCUCCGCCUACUCCAACACCCUCCUCUCCCUCCACCACUUCCUCGCCAUGCUUCGCCACCCCACUCUCCCCAACCACCGCACCCUCGCCUCCCUCUUUUCCUCAUGCGCUGCCCUCUCCUCCCUCUCCUUCGCGCUCUCCCUCCACUCCCUCACUCUCAAACUCGCCCUCGCUCGCCAUCCCUUCCCCGCCUCCUCCCUCCUCUCACUCUACGGCAAGUUCCGUAUGCCCCUCAAUGCCCGCAAAGUGUUCGACGAUAUUCCCCACCCGGAUAACGUCUGUUUCUCCGCCUUGGUCGUUGCUCUCGCUCAGAAUUCCCGCUCUCAGGACGCUUUAUCCAUCGUUUCCGACAUGACACGUCGGGGUUUUGCGUCCACCGUUCACAGCGUUUCGGGGGGUUUGCGCGCUGCGGCUCAACUUGCUGCCUUGGAGCAGUGUAGAAUGAUGCAUGCACACGUAGUUGUUGCGGGGCUCGAUUCCAAUUUGGUGGUGGGUAGUGCUCUCAUUGAUGGGUAUGGUAAAGCAGGUGUUGUUAACGAUGCGAGGAGGGUUUUUGAGGAUAGUUUAUCUUAUAUGAAUAUUGUGGGGUGGAAUGCAAUGAUGGCUGGUUAUGCACAGCAAGGGGAUUAUCAAUCUGCUAAUGUACUGUUUGAGUCUAUGGAAGGUUCUGGACUUGUGCCCGAUGAGUAUAGCUUUUUAGCUAUCCUGACUGCCUUGUGUAAUGCUGGGAUGUUUCCGCAGAUUGAUCAGUGGUUUACGAGGAUGAGAGUGGAUUAUGGUUUGGAGCCGGGUUUGGAGCAUUUUACCUGUUUGGUGGGUGCAAUGGCACGUACCGGAGAAUUUGAGCGUGCUGAGAGCACUGUCUUGACUAUGCCGUUUGAACCAGAUGCUGCAGUUUGGAGAGCUUUGCUAUCGGCUUGCGCUUAUCGUGGUGAGGCUGACAGAGCUUGGUAUAUGGCUAAGAGGGUACUGGAGCUAGAGCCGCAUGAUGAUUAUGCGUAUGUUAUUGUUGCUAACGUGUUAUCGAGUUUGGGGAGGUGGGAUGAUGUUGCAAAAUUGAGGACGAUGAUGAAGGAUAGGGGUGUGAAGAAAAAAGGCGGGAGGAGUUGGAUUGAAGUGCAGGGAGAAGUUCAUGUGUUUGUUGCGGGAGAUUGUAAGCAUGAGAGGUCCAAGGAAAUUUACCAGAAGUUGGCAGAGCUUAUGGGGGAUAUUGAAAAAUUAGGGUAUGUUCCUGUCUGGGAUGAGGUGUUGCAUAAUGUUGGGGAGGAGGAAAAGAGAAGGGAGGCUCUUUGGUAUCACAGUGAGAAGUUGGCUGUUGCGUUUGGAGUGUUGUGUGGAUCUGCACCACCAGGGAAGUCGUUAAGGAUUGUGAAGAAUUUGAGGAUUUGUAAGGAUUGCCACGAGGCUUUUAAGUAUAUGACAAGAGUUUUAGAAAGGGAAAUUAUCGUGAGGGAUGUCAACAGAUACCACAGAUUUGUUAAUGGUAACUGUACUUGUAGAGACAGGUGGUAG